UCCGCCGCUACCGCCAGGGCUGAGCAGCGCCGCCGCCCCUGGCUCUGCCCGCCGCCCCUGGCGCUGCUGUUGCUGCUGCUACUCAGCCUUGGGCUGCUCCACGCAGGUGACUGCCAACAGCCGGCCCAAUGUCGAAUCCAGAAAUGUACCACAGACUUUGUGUCCCUGACUUCACACCUGAACUCUGCCAUUGAUGGCUUUGACUCUGAGUUCUGCAAGGCUCUGCGUGCCUAUGCUGGCUGCACCCAGCGAACUUCAAAAGCCUGCCGUGGUAACCUAGUCUACCAUUCUGCCGUGUUGGGUAUCAGUGACCUCAUGAGCCAGAGGAACUGUUCCAAGGACGGACCUACAUCCUCUACCAACCCUGAAGUGACCCAUGACCCUUGUAACUAUCACAGCCACGCAGGAGCCAGAGAACACAGGGUUGGGGACCAGAACCUUCCCAGUUACCUUUUUUGUGGCUUGUUCGGAGAUCCUCACCUUAGAACUUUCAAGGAUCACUUCCAGACAUGCAAAGUGGAAGGAGCCUGGCCACUCAUAGAUAAUAAUUAUCUUUCGGUUCAAGUGACGAAUGUGCCCGUGGUCCCUGGAUCCAGUGCUACUGCUACAAAUAAGAUCACGAUUAUCUUCAAAGCCCACCCUGAGUGCACCGAUCAGAAGGUGUACCAAGCUGUGACAGAUGACCUGCCGGCCGCCUUUGUGGACGGCAGCACCAGUGGUGGGGACGGCGACGCCAAGAGCCUGCGCAUCGUGGAGAGGGAGAGUGGCCGCUACGUGGAGAUGCACGCCCGCUACAUAGGGACCACGGUGUUCGUGCGGCAGCUGGGUCGCUACUUGACCCUGGCCAUCCGCAUGCCCGAAGACCUGGCCAUGUCCUACGAGGAGAGCCAGGACCUGCAGCUGUGCGUGAACGGCUGCCCCCUGAGCGAGCGCAUCGACGACGGGCAGGGCCAGGUGUCCGCCAUCCUGGGACACAGCCCGCCCCGCUCCUCCCCGGCCCCGGCCUGGCCGGGCUACACACUGGAGAGCGCCAACGCGCAGUGCCACGAGAAGAUGCCGGUGAAGGACAUCUACUUCCAGUCCUGUGUCUUUGACCUGCUCACCACCGGCGACGCCAACUUCACCGCCGCAGCCCACAGUGCCUUGGAGGACGUGGAGGCGUUGCACCCCAGGAAGGAGCGCUGGCACAUUUUCCCCAGCAGCAGCCGGGGCGCCCCCCGCGGCAGCAGCUGUGUGUCUGUCAGUCUAGGACUCGCCUGCUUGAUCCUUAUUGUGUCUUUGUAGGGGUUGUCUUCUGUUUUUUUCUUUUUUAUUUUAAUUUUUUUUUGUCUGUAACAAAAUUUUAAAAUAUAUAUUGUCAUAAUAUAUUGAGUAAAAGAGUAUAUAUGUAUAUACCAUGUAUAUGGCAGGAUGUUUGUCCUGGGACACCCACCUGAUUGUACAUAUUGUGUUUGACUGUUCUCACGUAUGUUGGAUGUAGUGUUCUUUGAUUGUAUCGAUUUUGUUUUGCAGUUUUGUGAAAUGUUUUAUAAUGUCCCUUCCUGGGACCUGUUAGAAAGCACUUUAUUUUUUAUAUAUUAAAUAUUUAUGUGUGUACCUGGUUAGUAUGUAUACAGUACCUAUGCACAGACAUCAUAUGCAGCGUUCCCUCUGAAGAUGAUCGGCGACGUUGUCUGUGGCUCUUCUUGGCUGCGCCCUCCUGUCCUUUCCUGCUGCUGCUCAUCGCCACACGUGCGGCUCUCACCUGCCGCCUCCAAGUGCAGCCGCCUCGUUCCUUUGAGCUAGGUCUUCACCCCCUUCUUCUGCCCCCACUUGAUUUGGAAGGACAGUUAACCCCUCUUCGGGUGAUUUUGGUGCUGUUAAACACUGAUCUCUAGGAAGCCCUCUCCCUCUUUAACAGCUGUCACUUUCUCAGAAGGUGGGGAGAAUAUUAAUACAGUUCUUAGUAACUAGGAAUGAUUGUUAUAGCUCAGCACUUAAGAGUAUGGUAGGUUGAACCAUAUGAAACUGCUGUUUUUAUAGGUCAAAAGGGGCUGGCAAUGGCAAUUUCAUAGAUAAAUACCAGGCAUUGCUAGACCCCAGUAGCUCCCGGACUUUGUCACCCCAUACCCCUGUUUAAACUGUAGCUUUUCCUCUCUUUUAACUCUAUUCUGCCUUGAACAAACUAACUGCAAAAACAUAAGUUUAGUAAUCA